AUGCCUCCUCCACCUGUACCACCCAAAGUCAUGGCCAUCCUUGAGCCUGAAAUGAAUGCGCUCAUGGAUUGUUUAAAGAACGCGGUGGUAAGAACUGGUCAAAUUUAUUCCUUUCAUGCCGAUUCCCGAAGACUUGGUAUUAACAAAUAUGCUCCAUAUCCACCACGUUCUUUGACAGAUUCACUCGGACAUGAGGUCGAAAAAUUCGAUCAACUUUAUGAUGCGAUGGAAUCGCGUUUGCUUCGAGCGAUCGCUGUGCUAGAACGAGACCUAGCCCGUGAGCAACAUCGCGCUCGCGAAGCCGAGAAUGCCGCGAUCGCUACCCGCACUCGUUCCAAAUCCACAUCAGAGUCUCCAACCACACGAAAAGUUCCUUUACCCCCACUGGAGGUCAACACAGAUGUCGUCAUGGGUCCACCAGCUCUUCCGGUUCAAGCAUCUCCUCCUCAAGGUCUUGCGAAUCCUACUCGCCGCGGAUCAACCAUAUCUCUAUCAUCCCUGCACCGCCCCCCAUUCCCUCUCAAACUAGACCUCUCCUCAUCUUCCCUCCGAAUGUCCGCAGAAGAAGCCGCUUUAUUUUCCCAGAGUUUACCCUCUCCAGUAUCUCUUGCGCCCAAAUCGGCUCGUCCUUCAGCUCAAGCGGAGUUAGACCUCAUAGCUGCAUUUACGUCUGCAACUGCCGGUUCUUCACAACACGUUGACAUUGACUUAACUAUCGAGGAUGGAUCCCCUCUACCUCCCAUCGAUGCAUCCCUAGGAAAUUCAGCAGACAAGCCAAUUGAGCUCGAUCUUGACUCCAUCGACAUGGAAAUGUCAACCAUGACAGAUCUUUUUGGAGAUGGAACCGAAACAGGGUCGGGAGAGAACAGUGGGGUAGAAGGCAUAUUUUCCCCCGUCGUUCCUGAUUCCGGGGCUUCAGACCCCGCAAAGGAGUCCCAAGAAGGUGGUCUUGACAUGGAGAUGCUCGGCGCACUAUCAGCAGCGGAUCAUAGCAACCACGGCAAUGAUGUGUUCGGACCAUCAGAUUCUGAUGGACUGCAAUCUGUACAGCAUUCCACGCUUGGCGUCCAGAGUGCGCAUCCUGGAAAUGUUGCACCUUCCCCCAGUGCGAUUCUCGCAAGUUUCGCUACUUCUCAAUCAGAUGGGGCCAGUCACCAGCUUCCAAGUGGAGACAGUAAUUUCGAUUUGUCCACUCUUGAUCUUGCCAACUUCGAUCCUACCUUCUUCCACCGGCCCCCAGAUAUGAACUUGAUGGAUAUGGAGGCGUUGCUGGAUUCCAUGGGUCAGGGCGGGGGCAAUUCUGAUGGGUCAAAACCACCACCAUGA